GACACCGGAGAUGUUGAAAAAGAACCAUCCAUUGGUUGUGAGGUGCUCCCAGAUAUGGCAGACAUAAAAGGUGUUGAACAAAAGUUAUCCAAAGGUUGCAAAGAAAGUCUGGAGUUCCUAAAAAAGAAGUAUGGCCCUCAAAGCCUGAAGCAUAAACCAAAACCAAAACCAGAUAGGAGCAUUUCAAAAGAACUGAUUGUUCAUAUAAUGGAUGGUAAAAAUAGGGCCUUGAAGAGAGCCUUCCCAACGGAUGAUGGACUUAGUGGCUGUCUGAAAAUCCUAACCAGCUACAGCGAUAAUGCGGAAAAUUGGAUGUCCAAAAUUAGUGACAUGUUCAGAGGGAAGAUUAUUUUCCUUCCCUACAUAAUGGGAAAAUGUGGUAUUGAAGCAAUAGAGAACCCCCAACAAUUCACACUUGGUCACUUGGAGAAACUAAAAACAAAUAAGAAAUAUGUACCACUAAAGAUAUAUGCAAAGGCCAGAGGGAAAGAUAUCUGAUGAAUUUGAAGACUUUGAAGAGCUGGAUCUUGAGACCCCAAAGAAAGAGAGAAAACAUGGAAUGAAAGCAUCCACAGAAUGUUAUGAUUUGGAGCCAUCAACAUCAAAGGAAUUAGAUGGGAAAGGGUCACCACUAGGCAGUAAUGUAGAGGAACAACCACAUAGAAAAAUAAAAUUGUCUCCAAUCAUUAUUGAAAAUGAGGGUUCUGAUGAUGAUUGUAAACUCCCGAAAAUGGAAUUAUCAAGAUCAACCCAAAAGGAAAAGAGAAAACGAGACAUGAAAGCAUCCACAGAAUGUUAUGAUUUGGAGCCAUCAACAUCAAAGGAAUUAGAUGGGAAAGGGUCACCACUAGGCAGUAAUGCAGAGGAACAACCACAAAGAAAAAGAAAGUUGUCUCCAAUCAUUGUUGAAAAUGAGAUUUCUGAUGAGCUACCAGACAUUGAGGUACCCUCUCUUUCUUCAGACAUUAAUACAGAUCCUAAGUCUGAUGCUCUUUCGAAGGAGGAUGUACCGGUAUUAGAGGAUUUGCCACUAAUGGAUAGUGAAGUAGCAGCAUUUUGUGAUGUCUUGGAAAAGAAGAUAAAGAGAAAGGAGAUGGCAGACGGAAUAGCCUUGACAUUCCCAGACAAUGGAAAGAUGGUGACUGUGGUGUAUGAAAAUCAUGGGGGAAUGUCAUUUUCUAGGGCCUUUCAUCAUACAGACACAGUACAGAGUGUGUACACAUUUAUUUGUCAGAUUAUUGACCCAGAAAUUCUCCCUUCUGUAUUCCAUUUGGAAUGCAUUUCACCAACCACCUGUACAGAAAGAGAAUGCAUUCAUUGUUUUGAGCUCACAGAGUGUUUUGAAAUGCCAAUUGAUAAAUUGCCAUCAUUGUUGGUAUUGAAAGAGGGGAAUUAUCUGGUGGAUGAAACCAUGACAUUUUAUGGAACUGUGCUUUUAAAGAAAAACUAGACUGGCGGGUUCUACAUAAUUGUCCUGUUUAUUUG